AUGUUUGGCGCACUGUUACUGCGCGUGCAGUCGCCGCGAUACGCGCAUUCACUAAUUCCGGUUGCGUUUGGAUAUGACUGGUCUACGUGCCAUUAUUGGUGCAAGGCGAUGGCUGGGUUCUCAUCUUUGGUCAAUACCGGGGCCCCAGAGUCAUAG